AUGAAUGAAGGCGAUACGGCGGGAGGGCAACGUGGUCGAAACCUGGCCCUUCCUGCUGGGAUUCAUCGAAAAGCAUCAACCAAUAGUAAUACUGUCCAGCUAACUACUGGCACGCACGAUUCCACCACACCAAUGUCUCGCUCGUUAAAUGAAGACCAACAACAGCAACUGGAACAGUCUCAACAACAGCAGCAGCAGCCGCACCACCACCAGCAGCGGGAGCAACAACAGCAGGGUCAGCAAAUGCAGCCUGCCGGAACAGCGACGUCAUCGUCAUUGUCGUCGCCACGUAAAGGUUUACCGCAGCAAUCGUCACCGACAUACCAGCCGUCUCCUAGCAGCAACGUAACUAUCGCAACAGAUCCAUCUAGCGUGCAUCAAUUGUCAUCGGCUUCUUCUCAUACCCUCCAACAGCAGCAGCAACAUAACAACAUCAUUAGUGCCAGCGGCACGUCAACUAACAGUAGUGCCAGUGGCAGCGUCGAGGCUAAUAAUGCUAACAUUACCAGUACGCCGGGUGGUGAACGAACAGGAAGUGGUCUGUCUGAAAGUGAAGUCGGAGGCAGAGGACGAGGAGGAGGAACCGUCGUCGGUGUCGAUGAUGGUGGUGUAGUGGUGUUGCCCAGUACGCAACACGCAAGUGAAAUUGGUGGUGGUGGUGGAAGUGAAGUUUCUGGCGACGAAAGUACGUUUGUUGUUGCUGAGAAGAGAAGAGUCGAGAGUACGGGUAGUGUGACGGAAGUGGGUGGUGGGGCUAGUGAGGGAAUCGGUGGAACGAGUGGGGUAGGGAAACUGUACACUAAAACAAACACUGCAUCGUCCUUCACGCCGGCUGCUGUUGGAGGGCAAACGAUACUGACCGUUGGUAGUGCUUCAACAGUUGCUGGUUCUGCCACAGUAUCGAAAAAGCGCAUCAAACUUGAAUCGGAUCCAGAAACUGAUAUCAAUGUGCUAAAGAAACUAAUUCUUGAACACAAAUAUAUGCGAUUACGCAGUAUCAGAGAGAGAUACAAUGAACAUGUAGCCGAAUUGUUUUUUCUUCAAACCGGCGGCAAUAUGAUGGAAUAUCCCGUAUGGAGAAAGAAGCCACCGACGCCCGCAUUCACAAAUUUCAUACGCUCGUACAAGCUGGAACCAUUGUCUAGCAAUCUGGAAGAGGCGGGAGAAGCAUUGAAGCAGCAGUCAACCCGUUCGCUCAGCGGCAUUUCUACUACGCCCGGUAGCAGCUGCAACACUAUCGGUAGUGUGACACCGUUGGGUGGUAAUGCUAGUGGCGAUGAUACUGCGACUGGUUUACCACAGGGAGCGGAAAUCAAAAUACCCGGUGUUGGUGCAACGCCGGUCGCCGUUUCGACGACGCUUCCUGCCGCUGUUGCUCAACUUAGUCAGCAAGGUGGUACGCCGAUUAUUCCGGACAGAGUUGGAAUUGGCAUCACACCAGCAACUUCUACCAUUGACAGGAAAAAGCAAGUUCCUGCACCCGUUGCUGUUGGUGCGCAUAUGGUAAAGAGCGAGCUACUGGAAGGUGGAAACACAACACCGGCACUUACCUGUGGAACUAAUGGGCCGAACUUGGCAAGCCUUCGUGGAGGUGUUACCGUAUCCAGCAAUCGCAGCACCACUGGUAUUGCGGGAUCCUCAUCUAGGAGUCUCAAUAACAUUCAACAGAAUGGACCUGGACUUGGGCACGGAAGCAGCAAUAAUGCAUCUUCUGGAACAUUGACCGGUCAACAACAUGGCGCUGCAAACCCGACAGGAAAUAGCAAUGGCUCGGACCAAUACACCAACAAAGCCCGGCAAGAGGUAUUCGUUAUGCAGCGUGUACAGGAACUGCAAAAGGAAGGGUUAUGGACGGAAAAACGCUUACCGAAGGUACAGGAACCCGGACGGCCGAAGGCCCACUGGGAUUACCUGUUGGAGGAAAUGGUUUGGCUUGCAGCGGAUUUUGCCCAGGAACGGAAGUGGAAGAAAGCUUGUGCGCGUAAGUGCGCCCGCAUGAUUCAGAAACACUUCCAGGACAAGGCACAGGCAGCCCAGCGAGCGGAAAAAGCACAGGAACUGCAACUGAAGCGGAUAGCCGCGUUCGUGGCGAAGGAAAUAAAAACUUUUUGGUCGAAUGCCGAAAAGUUGGUCGAGUACAAGCAGCAGACGAAACUGGACGAGAAACGGAAGAAGGCUCUCGACCAGCAACUCAGCUUCAUUGUCGAUCAGACGGAAAAAUACUCGCAGCAGUUGGUUGAGGGCAUGAACAAGACGUCCGCGGGCACCACCCUAGCCGCUGGCAGCAAAGCCGAAAGUUUAAAUUCGUCCCGCAUUUCGUCUCCGCUGCGCAGUGGACUUACGGGUUCGGACGAUGAGUUUCGACCCGAGGCGGAAAGUUCGGACGAUGAUGAGGAAACGAUUGCAAAGGCGGAAGCGGAAGCAGCAGAGGCAGAGGAUGGCACCAAAGAUGAGGUGGCCGCCCUGCAGAAAGAGUCCGAAAUGGAUUUGGACGAUUUCCUGAAGAAUCUGCCGAAAGAUUAUUUGGAAAAUCGCGACAAAAUUGUGUUAUCUGACCCGGACGACAACGAUGAGGACGAUGAAAGUGCUGCGAAAGAAGAUGAGGAAGCUGACAAGGACUUCAGUGCCGAUGAAGACAGCACGGAUUACGAAGACACGAUUAAGGAGCAAGAAAAGGCUGAACGAAAUCAAGAUCACAAAAAGGAAAUUGAUGAGUUGAAUGCUGAUAAUGAGAUGAGCAUUGAGGAACUAAUGGCAAAGUACAAAAAUCUUCCUCCCGCUGGUGAAACAAUGGAUGUUGAUUCUGAUGACGAUACGUUAGAAGAAGACUCGACCAGGAAUCGAAAACGGCGGAGAACCAGAAGCCAACCCAUGUCCGACUCAUCACCGUCCGAUGAUGACGAUAAUAGCGAAGGUCUGACCGGGUCUGAAGACGAUGAGGAUAUCAGUGAGGAGGAAUCGGAGGAAAGUGAAUGUGCGAUGGAAGCCGAAGAGGAAGCAAUCGGUUUGAAGAAUUUGCUAGACGAUGAGUCUGGUUUGGCUGGAUCAACCUCGGCCACGGGAGUGUCCGGCAAGAGUCAAACAGAUAAAGACGAUAUGCUAAACGAUGCGGCAGCAAUCGCGGAAAGUAUUCAGCCCAAAGGCAAUACAUUGUCUUCGACCAGUGUCGUGACGCCGAUACCCACCUUGUUGAAACAUUCGCUCCGUGAGUACCAGCAUAUUGGUCUGGAUUGGCUCGUGACGAUGCAUGAUCGCAAGUUGAACGGUAUUCUGGCAGACGAAAUGGGUUUGGGAAAGACGAUUCAAACGAUUUCGCUGCUGGCGCAUCUGGCGUGUGUCAAGGGCAACUGGGGUCCACAUUUGAUCAUAGUGCCAUCUUCGGUGAUGCUGAACUGGGAAAUGGAAUUCAAAAAAUGGUGCCCGGGAUUUAAAAUAUUGACCUACUACGGUACACCAAAGGAGCGCAAGCUUAAGCGCACCGGCUGGACUAAGGUGAACGCGUUCCACGUAUGCAUUACGUCUUACAAGCUGGUCAUACAAGACCAUCAAAGCUUCCGGCGGAAAAAGUGGAAGUAUCUGAUCCUGGAUGAAGCACAGAACAUUAAAAAUUUUAAAUCUCAACGCUGGCAACUGCUCCUAAACUUUCAAACUGAACAACGAUUGUUACUCACCGGUACACCGCUGCAGAACAAUUUGAUGGAACUGUGGUCGUUAAUGCACUUUCUGAUGCCCCACAUAUUUCAAUCGCACCGUGAAUUCAAGGAAUGGUUCUCGAACCCAAUGACUGGGAUGAUUGAAGGCAACUCCGAAUACAAUGAGACGAUUAUCAAGCGCCUUCACAAGGUUCUACGGCCGUUUCUGUUGCGGAGGUUGAAGUCGGAAGUAGAAAAGCAAAUGCCGAAAAAGUACGAACACGUGGUAAUGUGUAGACUAUCGAAGCGUCAACGUUUUCUCUACGAUGACUUCAUGAGUCGAGCAAAGACGAGAGAAACGUUAGCUUCCGGCAAUCUGCUAAGUGUUAUCAACGUUCUGAUGCAGUUGAGAAAAGUGUGUAACCAUCCGAACAUGUUCGAAGAACGACCGACGAUAUCACCGUUUCGCAUGGAGGGCAUAAGCAUAAAGACGGCCUCUCUCGUUUACAACAUGUUCAACUACGAUCCGUUCACUCAAAUUGAUCUGUCUUCCUUAAAUUUAGUGUUAAUACAACUGGAACUACUGCUGCCUGCGUAUGUGGCCCACCGGACACAGCACCUUUGUAUGCCGAAACGAUUGAUCGAAGAAAUUGAUUCAACGCCAAUGGCACCUCCACGUUGUCCUACUGGGAAACUACGAUUGCACGUCCGUAUUCCGGAUGUUCGCGUGCAGGAAUCGGUCGGUAGUGGUAAUCGUGUCGGCGUCAGUGCCCGUACGGGAGUUCGCGUAGGUACCAGCCCAGCAAUGAAGACUGAAGGGACGAAAUUCGUUCCGCUUGUAAAUCAUGAAGCAUCCUUAGAUAAGAAAUCAUCACUCAUCGGUUCGGGAAUCAACUCGAGAGCAAUGGACGUACGGAAGCGCCCUGCGUCGACAGUGUUAAUGAUGAUGGGUGGUACAUCGUCAGCGGCGGGAAUAACAGCAAUAGAUUCCAGCAGUGCUGUAGGUGGAAUAAGCGGCAGCAGGAGCAUGUCGCCUGGUUUAAUCCUGCGCAAACGAAGUGAUAUUGCUGGUGGUAGUAUCAUGUCUGUGAGCGCCCCUCAGCAACAACAAAGCCGGCUAAAUGCUGGACAGGUAGUGCAGAUCAUUCCUCAGGUGGCGUCCGGCACAUUAGGUACGACUACUUCACAAUCUUACAUCAUUACCGGUCGUCUGCAACCACCAGUUAGUGGCAAUAAUCAGACGAUAUUUCACCGGCCUGCUUCAUCGUCCUCGACGGGUGGAGUCAGUGUGGUUCCGGCCCAGCGAAUAGCAACGUUGCAAUCAAAGGGGGGAAAUGUGAAUACAUCCACGCCAUUACCCACCACAGCAAGUGUCAGUCGAAUGGUGCAAAAUGUUGGUCAACAAACGCAGAUCUCAUCCACGUUGGCCGCAACGAUUAUGAAGGGAUUAAAACAAAAUUCUUAUUCCUCGAACAAGAAUGCAAGCGUCUCGGGCAGGACAUCCGAGUCAGCAGAAAUAGAAGCACGUCAACGUACCGAGUUCUAUUUGGCAUGCAUCGAAGAAUCGCGAAAGGAGCGUCGAAAAGAAGUGUUGGAGCUACUCGGGCGUAUCAAUGCGAAGCGUUGCGAUGCAGCACCAAUCUAUGGCAAAGAUCUGCGGGAAACGCUAUGCGCUUUGAUUGAUGAAGAAUUUCAACAGCGAUCUAAUGAGCUCAUUCCAUUCGGCAUUGCCGGCUUAUAUUACACUCGGCGGGCAACGUUGGCGCAUAGCAGCGUAGGCAAUAAUACAAGCUGGAGUCUCUCCGAAGCGAUAAAAACUAUUGACCAGCGAGCGAAUGAAUUGCGUGCUACGAUCUCAAAUUUUGUCCUGUUUGUGCCUGCUGUGUGUGCCCCGACGCCAUACCUGCAAGUGUCUCAUCCGCAUCCUUCUAAAUUGAAUGUCGAGCAACAUUGGGAGGCAACAAUGGCGGAACAAAUCCAACCAGCAAUUCAGCUGUUGCAUCCGAUUAUAUCUGCCAUGAGUACACAGUUUCCGGAUCCCCGUUUAAUACAGUACGAUUGUGGAAAGCUUCAAACUUUGGAUCGUUUGCUGAAGAAGCUGAAAUCGGAAGGGCAUCGCGUAUUAAUAUUUACGCAGAUGACACGAAUGCUCGACGUUCUGGAAGCCUUUUUAAACUACCAUGGGCACAUUUAUUUGCGACUGGAUGGUACAACGAAAGUGGAACAGCGGCAAGUGCUGAUGGAGCGCUUCAACAACGAUAGGCGCAUGUUCGCUUUCAUUUUGUCUACCCGUUCCGGGGGCGUUGGCAUUAACUUGACCGGCGCCGAUACUGUGAUAUUUUACGAUUCUGACUGGAAUCCCACAAUGGACGCACAGGCACAGGAUCGUUGCCAUCGGAUUGGUCAGACGCGCGAUGUGCACAUCUACCGGCUGGUGAGCGAAAAGACGAUCGAGGAAAACAUACUGAAGAAAGCGAACCAGAAACGAAUUCUCGGCGAUUUGGCGAUCGAGGGUGGCAAUUUUACGACAGCUUACUUCAAGAGUUCUACUACCAUCCAGGACCUGUUCACGGUGGAUAAUGUGGAGCAGGAUGCGUCAGCUCGUCUGGCAGAGGUGUUGGAUCGUGAUCGUGAACGAAAAGAUCGUUUAAAUGCUAACCUUUCGACACCUGCUGCAGUGUUACCAGCUGUAGGCGAAGUUGAUAGCAACAAAUCGGCGAUAAAUGUGUUCGAAUCUGCGCUGGCAGCUGCGGAAGAUGACCAGGACGUGCAGGCGGCCAAGUUUGCCAAAGCCGAAGCGUCGGCCGAUUUGGAUGAGUUCGAUGAGAACAUUCCGAUCGAUGAAGACAAAUUGGCGGCGGGCGAAGCUGAUGGCAAGGAGCCGGAGUUGAGCAAAGCAGAAAAGGAAGUUCAGAAUCUAAUUAAACAGUUGAGUCCUGUCGAGCGCUACGCUAUGCGUUUUGUAGAGGACACCGAAGGUACCUGGACUGCGGUGCAGUUGAAAGCGGUAGAGCAAGAGAUUGAACAGCAGAAACGCGACUGGGAGGCGAAUCGUUUGGCGGAACAGAGGCGUAAUGAGGAAGCUGCUCGGAAGCGCGAAGCAGAGGAACAUGCCGACCUGCUGACCUUCUCCCGGGAGGAUGCCAAAAAUCAGAUAUGGAUAUCGGAUAGCACGAUGGAGAAGAUGCCGAUGUGGUGUCCACCAACGCCCCCGCAAGAUGAUAACGAUCUUUACGUGGAUCACUCGUUGACGUUUCUGUACGAUACGUCGGACAUCAUCCCGGAGGGUGAGCUUCCCCAAGUGUACGUGAAGAAAGACUACAAGCGUAGCCGUUCGGAAGCCGGCUUCUAUCCGGACGGGCGCCGACCACCGAAGAUUCGUCGCGAGGAUACCUACUACGCACCGCGCUCUCUGUUCGAUCGGCCCACGCCGCAGAUAGCGAAGCUGCGCAAGGAGUACAAGCUGCAACGGUACAAGGGCAUUAUCAAACCGUUCCCACCGAUGCUGGCCAUAAAACCGACCACCAUCCCGAUGAAGCCACCGGUCGAACCGGAGGGUGGAAUACCGGAAUGGACGGUGUACGAAGACAUGGCAAUCCUGAAUGUGAUACAGAAUCUGCAGGGUUUGCCCCUGAACCUGAUGCUCAUAUCCCCGGGUCACGUACCGAACUGGGAUCUGGUGGCGGACAUUGUGAAUCAAACUUCACGCACCUAUCGGCUGCCGAAGCAGUGCCGCUAUCGGUACGAGUCCGUCAUAAUGCCGCGCGAAGAGGGCAAGCUGCUGGAGAGUCCGAAAAAACAGAAAAAGAACAAAAACCCCCAGAAACAGUCUCCAACGACGUCGUCCUCGCCGCCACUGACUGCGGGCUCUUCACCACCGAAACAGAUACGGUCCAUGCGCACCGGGCAGCUGUACAUGAACGAUGCAAACAGUUCUUUCAUCAAACUGAUGCGACAAAAGUUCGAUAAUUUACGGACGGCGUUGGGCAAAAAGCCCGCACUGGGGAAACCGUCGCUCACCAAUACGCUGCCGGUGGCAAUGAAGAAUCCAAAACAUGCGCUUGUGCUGGUUAAACAUGGCAUCACAGCGUUCGAUACGCCACUGACACCGGUCGAAAUAGCAACGCGGCGUGCUGAGCGGUUCCUGAAGGAAAAGCACAAAAUGACAGCUGUCCAAGAACAGCAGCAGCAACAAGCGCAAGCCCAACAGCAGCAACAAAAUGCACAGCAGCAGGCUGGAUCCGGAGCAUCGCAUACAGCCGUCGUAGCUACAGCUCAACAAGUUGCAGCCGCAUCAUUGGUAGGUGUGCAACCGAUCGUAACGAGUCAGCAGCAGGCAGGAUCGCACGUGCAAACCGUGGUCCAAUCACAGCAACCAUCUGCAGCAACGGUACAGGCGGUGGCAGUCGCAACUCCCGCCCAGCACCUACUUCAGCAGCAGCUGCAAAUCCAAGCGCACGCCAUUUCUCAACAGCAAGCGACCGUGCAAGGUCAGCAGAUAACGACUACGGCGACUGGGCAGGGCAUACAGCAGGCCACCAUCGUCGUAUGUGGCGUUUCAACGAACGCUACCUCGACCGUGGCUACCAUCGUGCAGGCUGGUCGUGCCGCUCAACCGGUGGUUAACAUCUGCGCCAGUCCGGGUCAGCAACAACAACAGCAAACGCAACAGAUCGUUAAAGCGAUCGUUGCCAGCCCGGCGAAUCAGAACUUACUGUCCCAGCAGUUGGCACAGGUGGCGGCACAGCAGAGUAGUAACGCGCAACAGUCCGGCCAGCCGGGACAGCCGCAGCAAAUGUCGGUCGUUUUAACGACACCGGUCACCACCAUGUCCGGUGUGAAUUCGGUCCAGCUAUCGCAGCCACAGAUCGUAUCCAUCCAUCAGCCGGCGCAAUCGUCGCAGCAGCUACUGCAGGGUGGAAGCGCAACCAUUACGCAAGCGUCCCAAUCCUCUAUCGUAAACCAGGUUGCUGGCCAAUCGAUUCCGCAGGUCGUUUCGGUGGCACAGCUCGGAAGCGUCAUGACAACGGGUACGGCCAGCAGUGCCACGAUACAGCCCACACAGGUAGCCACCCUUACGACGUCCGCCCUGCGCGCUCAGCGGAUUGUGGCACCAACGGGGACACUGCAGGAAGUGGUACUGCAUCAGCGUUCCGGUUCGCAGAGCCCAACCGUAGUCAGUGUGAGCAGUCUAGGCGGUGGACUUACUCCGGCCCAGCUGCAAACCGCCCAGUUGCGUCUGUCGAUGGCGGGAGCGCAGCAAGUGUCGGGCGUGGUCGCAAAGUCGAUUUCCGUCGGGACGGUAACGAGUGCGGGCAAGCCGGUCAACACGUCGCAGAUUCAAUUCUACCGUCAGCAGCCGAUGCGGCAGCAGCUGAAGGUGUUACAUCCGGGGACGGCGACACAGGUUGCUACGACCGGUGGUGCAACGGCAACCGUGCUUCAAACGGCUGCCGGCCAGCCAACGAUCGUUAGCCCGGCCAUCAUUCAGGGUAACAUCAUCCAGACCGGUACGGUCGGUCAGACGGUUCAGGUACAGCAGGCAACGGCUGCCGCUGGCACGGCCGCUGGUGGCACAGCCGUCGUUCAGAAGGUAUCCGGUGUGACCACGGUAACGGGUGGCAAUGCCGUGACGCAGGUUGUAUCGGCUGCCGGCGGCACGAUCGUGUCCCAGACACCGACAGCCGUAGCAACCGGUACCGGAAGUACGAUCGCAACCGUGCAGGUCGUACAGGGACAACCCCGCAUGCAGUACAUCAAGCAAUUAGGUGGCACGAAGCACAUGAUCACACGCCCCGUAACGGAGAACGAGAUGCAGCUAAUGGUGAAGCGUCAAAUCAUUAGUCAGCAACAGCAGCAGCAACAACAGCAACAGCAGCAGCACAACAAACAGAUCAUUCCGCAGGCGCAAAUCUUCGCACAGGCAAACCUUCAGGUACAGCAGGCGGGAACAUCCGGCGGCCAGCAGAUAGCGACACUGGUGAAAACGUCCGGCGGUACCGUGGCCGCAACCGGCAUGACACUGUCCCACGUGAAGCCCGGCCAGCUAAAAACGAUCGGCAAUCAAAGCCAGGUCCGGCAGCUGCACAUCCAGCAACAAUUCCUAGCGCAGCAACGCAAAGGAGGCGCGGGCAAGAUGGCGCAAAUUACACACGUGGCCGGUAAAGCGGGACAACCGACGCAGCUGUUCCUGCAGGGUUCGAAAAAUAUCGCAUCCGGCACAACGAUGACGAUGCAAAAGGUGCAGCAUGUCAUACACCAUGCUCACCAAACCGGUGGGCAAAUAGUGCUCGGUAAGACUGGUGUCAGCCGAAUGAUUCCAGUUUCCGUGUCACAACAGCCCAAUCGACAGGCGAUACAGGUGGUAUCGGCAACCUCUGCCGCACAGGCACUCGCAGCCGGCAACAUCAGGAUGCAUGUACCGGGUCAAAACAUCGGUACGAUUAAAGUGACGGGAAGUACCCCAUCCGCACAGCCGCAGCAGGUGAUUAUCAACACUAUUCAAAGCCAACAAUCGGCACGCUCCAAUGCCAGUCCCGUGCGGUUGCAGACAACACCCGGCGGUUCACUGGUGGCCGUCACGGUUCAACAACCGCAACAGUUGCAACAGCAACAACAACAGCAGCAACAAGUGGUUGGUACGACCGUAACAACCUCGCCGAACGUAUCGCAGACGGUGGUAGGUACUGGACCCGAUGCAAAUCAAUCCACCACAUCCGCGGCUGGCAGUGGUGGUGUCAGUACCAACACCGCCGGAACCGGCAACGGUCCAGUUCAAACCCAGCCUAGCACUGGCGUGGCUACCGCACAAGUUAGUUCCGCCGCACAGCAGGUACUGACACUGCAGCAGCAAACUGCUGCGCAGCAACACAUUACCACAAGCGGCACAGGUAUAGUGCAAGCAGCGGCUACCGUCGAUGGUGGUACUACUACCGUGUCUACCUCGGUCGGUGCGUCUGCACCCGGGGUUGCAUCGUCCGCCGGCACCACACAGGUGUCGUCCGCUGCAGUAGUGGCGAGUUCGACCGCAAGCGGUAGUGGACCGAACAGUGGUGGUGGUACAACAAACGCCACACAGCCCGGACAGCAGUCGCCACAGGUGAGUAUGAUAAAAAAGAAGCAAUCACCGAACGUUGCGAAAUAA